CAGCCCAGUACUCCUAUCUCUAUAUAUAUGUACCCACGACUCCCCUGCUGCUCUACACAACAACACUUCCAGUUUUUUAAGGAAAGGGGAAAGUGUUUAUGCGAAAAUGGCCGAGGUCGAGAUGCCGGUGGUGAAGCUUGGAAACCAGGGACUUGAGGUCUCAAAAAUCGGUUAUGGCUGUAUGGGGCUUACUGGAGUCUACAACCCUCCUGUUUCUGAUGAGGAUGGCAUUGCAGUAAUCAAGCAUGCCUUUAGUAAAGGAAUCACUUUCUUCGAUACAUCAGAUAUUUAUGGUGCUGACCAUGCUAAUGAAAUACUAGUUGCCAAGGCAUUAAAGCACUUGCCUCGCGAUAAGAUCCAGCUAGCCACAAAAUUUGGAUGCGUCAAGUCUAUCCCUACUGAAAUUGUGGUGAAGGGUACUGCCGAAUACACUCGCUCCUGCUGUGAGGCUAGCUUGAAGCGCCUUGGUGUAGACUACAUUGAUCUCUACUAUAUACACCGGAUUGACAAAACUGUACCUAUAGAGGAGACCAUGGGGGAACUUAAGAAGUUGGUGGAAGAGGGUAAAGUAAAAUACAUUGGAUUAUCAGAAGCAAGCCCAAACACAAUAAGGAGGGCGCAUGCCGUGCAUCCUAUCUCUGCUGUACAAAUGGAGUAUUCCCUUCUGACUCGUGACAUUGAGGAAGAAAUAAUCCCCGUUUGCAGGGAACUUGGAAUUGGGUUCGUUCUGUAUUGCGCCACUGCUCGAGGUUUUUUUGGCGGCAAGAGAGUUGUGGAGGACGUCCCUGAAUGUAGCACCUUGCAAACACAUCCUAGGUUUUCAGGAGAGAAUUUAGAGCGCAACAAGAUCUUCUAUUAUCGGAUAAAAGAGUUGGCGAAAAAGCAUGGCUGCACCCCUAUUCAGCUCGCACUUGCAUGGGUUCUUCAUCAAGGUGAUGAUAUGGUUCCUAUUCCUGGAACAACUAAGGUUAAAAACCUUGAUGAGCUCAUUGGAGCUCUGAGAGUGAAGCUCACAGAAGAAGAUUUGAAAGAGAUUACUGAUGCAGUGCCCAUCCACGAGGUAGAAGGCCUUGCGAUGUUUGAAGCCUAUUAUCGAGCCACCUAUAAGUUUGCAGACACACCACCGCUGAAGAAUUCCAAGUGAUUUUGGAUUAACUUAUUUGAUGGUGAAAUUCAACGUUCUCGUUGUUUACAUGCUGAGGAAAUAAAUUUGUUAUUGUGUCUCCUGAGUUGUGUGUUGCUAUGUGUAGUAUUUGCAAGUUAGUGUUGUGUUGGUCUUCAAGUAGUGUAGGAGUGAGUCAUAAGACACAAUGAGAGUGUUGGAAGUAUGAAUGCAAUGUAUGGAGGGAACAAUAGAGUGAAUGAAAGAGCUCUAAACUUCUCUAA